AUGGACAAUUUGAAAAUCAAUUUGGUUUUUUCUUCCAAACAGGUAUGAUUUUUUUUUUCGAUGUUAUUCCGUUUUUUGAAACUGGUCGAUAUAUGCGUGAUUUUUCGAAGAAGAAUGCUUCUUAGGGUGAAUUAAUGAACUUUUUUUAAAAAAAGAAACAUCAUUUAUUAUAUUUUCACUUCUGUUUAGUAUCCUAUUUGCUUCUAUGCUGUACAGAAUUUUUUCCCUUAAUUCUUUUUAGGGAUUUUCAGUUGAUUACUUCGCCUGUUCAAACUUCUAUCAGUGAUAUGAAGCAAAAACGGCGACAUCUUUUUCUAUUAAUUUCCCGAGAAUAAAACGGAGAUGACAAAAUUUUAGAUAGUCUAAAUAAUCGUGAUUCCAGGUCUGGCUUUCGCGCCCUCAUUUCCACAUUUUUAGUCAUUUCUAUACCGCUUCCCUCAGUCUCAUUCCGAUAAUUUUUUUCCCUGAAAUAGGACAAAAUGAAGUAGAAGAAGAGGGGAAGUGAAAAGAGAAAAUGUGUGUGUUGUGCUCGGACAGGAAAUGUCGACGUAAACAACUCUUGCCACGCAGUGUUUCGCCAGUUUCUGCCCCAUAGCCAAAAGAGCAAACCGCUGGUAAACAACGUUGAAGGGGGGCGGCGCACGGAAAACGACCAAAGCCUUUUUUUUCGCCCUAUUUUUGCUGCCAUCCGAGUGUUUUUCGUGGCAAGAUUCGAUCCAAAGGGCAUGAUAAACAAGGGAUUGUGAGUUUUCGAUGUCUUUUGCAAAAUACCUAGGGGUUCAAGAAAUGUAAUCCCCAGCCGUCACACAUAAGGACGGAUAGGUCUCUAGAGCGAUUUCAUUGAUUAUCAAUGAUAUCAGGACAGUUUACAAGUUUACAAGUUUAUUCAUUCUUCAGAGAAGACUGAAUCAAGAAUCAACUUGGGAAGCCGAUGCCGCUUAAAGGCGUAGGGGUAGUAAACGGUGUUUCAGUUCAAAGCAGUACUUUGUAGAGCUUUUCAUUGUGAAUCGAACGGUGAACUUGUAAACGUACAGAAGUUCCUAGUUUUGGAGAAAAAAUAAUUCAAAGUCGGAGAGAAGAAAGUUUGAGUUCCCGCGAAAAGGGAGCUUUGCAGUAAAGUUGCUCUAUGGACAACAGGCUUCGCCAUCUUCCGGAUUUUCGCUUUUUUCUUCGUUUCUUUCAAAUUUCAAUUUUUUCUGUUAUCACCAAAGUUCUUUUCGUCACAAAAGCUUUCUAUUCAUGAACAAUUUGCAAACUUUGAUUGCAAAAAUGCUUCCCUGGUGAAAAAUGAUGAUUUUACACAGGGGUUUUGAUGGGGAAAACGAUAUUUUGUGUUUUCUUUAUUAUCGGUGUGUGUUUUUUGAUUUCUUAAUUUAUUUUUCAGAAAAGAAACCCUUAAUUUGAAGCAUUUAUCCGGUUACUUCUCAAAAAAUGCGAGUCUAAUGAGAAGUCCGCAACAUCCCGUGCACGGCUACUGUAAACAGUUGUCCGUGGACCGAUCCAAAGCUUUUUUCAAAAUUAAAGACGGGAAAGUAAAAUCGCGUUUUUCUUCAAAAUAAGCCACAUCUGUAAUUUUUUUGAGUACACCGUUGGAUUCGCAAAGAAAAACUAUACGAGAUACUGCUUUCACCUGAAACCCCGUUUUUUACUGCCCAUAUGCCCAUAAGCGAUGCAAAGGGGCAAGAAGAUAAAGAAGAUAAAGUUCACUCAUGGACCUCGAGAAUUUUUAGAGCACAGAUUCGAAAUCAGCGUUUGAAAACGCAUCUUAACGAAUUUUUCUGAGAAAACCCUUGUAAAAAUGUAUUUCAUUUUUUACUAGCUAGAAACUUUCCUAGGUGGCCCAUUUAUUUUUGAUUCUUUCUAAAAUACUUUCGAUAUUAAAUUUUCAAAUGGCCAACCUAUUUCGAAAUCAACCAACAAAUUUAUUAGAGGUUGAAACAAGCCUCUUGAAACAGAAGUUAUACUCGGUUUUCAAAAGAACGGAAACUUUCUGGACGAUCAGCUUAUUAAAAUAAAAAAACGGAAGGUACGGGGAAGUUUCAAGUAUUAUAUAUCUUGAAGCAAUUAGCGAGAUGUUAGGGGAAUUCUUUUCAAAGCUUUCAAACAGACUUUACUCAUGAAUGAAUUCUUCUCCUCUUUUUAAAUGUUGAAAAAAAUCCAUUCAUGUAUGGAUUUUUUUAAAAGACACAUGGCAGAUUUUUUUGAGAAGAUAUAUUUGCUGUAAACUUUUUUUCCCCAAAAAAAUUUUCAAUAAAUAAAUAACUUUUUACUUUCUUAUAACUUUUUUUAAAAACAAGUUAGUGUAGGGACCGCAACCCAUUUUCUCAAAAUGGUCGUAAAAAUUUAAAUUUUAUGUUUUCUGUUAGCUAAUAUCUUCAAACAGACAUUCCCAAAAAAUCUCGGCACUAAGUUGAAUGAACGCCAAGAAAAUUCGACAAAAGUGAGGGUAUCUCGGGAACGCUUUUAGCACUGAACCGUGUGUCUCUGCAGACAGGAGGGAAAAAUGGGAGGAGUCUAUGCAAUUUUUUUGGGCGCGCUUACAAAUUUUUUUUGAAAAAAAUUUUUUGAAACACGAUUCUGUAAAUGAAAUAAGACUUUUUUUGGUGAUUUUAAUAUGUUGCCAUGGAAUCGCCAUAUGAAGAACCAUAUAAAAAAACAAUGAAGCCAUGAAAAAAAUUCAAAGUCUAAUCGAUAGAAAUAAUAAGGUUAUUCAAUCGAACCAGUAAAAAUUCAAACAAAAGUUAUUUGGUAUGAAAAAAAUUUCCAAUUCUUACUCUGAUAGUUUUUGUAACAUAUAAAAUGGGUAACUUCUUGAAAUGAAGCUGAAAACUUCAAGUUCAUCCUAAUCCGAGCAAUGCAACAAGAAAAAAAUCUUCGGAAAAGAAGCAAAGUGUAAAUUUUAUACUUUUGCUAGUUUGAAUAGGUCGACAACAUCCCUGAAGUUCGAAAAAAAUUCCAGAAUAGCGCAAAUCAUGAAAAAUGAAACGAAAUUAUCCUUUUUUCAAUAUUUUUAUUUUAGUCAACAAUAACAGGGCAUGAUGAAUAUUAUUCAAGCGUUCCCUUGAUAAACUCUCCUUCGUGAAUGCUGUGAAAAUAUUUUCUAACUUUUUUUGGAAAAAGAAUAUUCAACGAUAAACGUUUUAAAUUCGAAAAAAAUAAUGAAUUUUGUAUUGGAAAUUAAAAAAAUUAUUUUUUUCGUGGGAAAACGCAAACGCCUCACGCGCGCGUAACAUUGCACACUUUUUCAUCGAGAAAAAUACAAAUGUCACCGUUUUAUAUUUUAUGCACGUCGGUGCGCGACUCGUUUUUUGAUUUUAUUGUUGUUAAAUGUAGAGAAACAGUUAAGAUAUUAAAAAUUGAGUGGCCGCCGUCGGGCGUACCACUCUCCUUUCCACAUGUAAAUUUCGAAAUUUUGCGCGUGUGGAUGCUUGCUUUUGAAACCAUUUGCACAAAAUAUUUCUUGUUUUCUACAUCCCAUUUUUUCUUAAUGUGUUCCAAUCAACUCCUUUUUUCGGAGAAAGAACGUUUUUUGUGUGGAAAGAUUAAGAAAUCGUCGUUUUAACGCUUUAUAAAACAAGAUGCCGUGAUUUUUAUUUCUGCGGGGUUUUUCAGGAAUUUUUUGUUUUUAAAAUUAUCAGUAAAUGCUUCUCAUCGAGUUCAGCACAAAAAAACAUAGGGUCGUCGCUGAAAAACUGAUAUUUUAGAACUUUUUUGCUCUUGCACUGGUUUUUUUCUAGUUUUGACGUUGAAAUAUUAAUCUAGGCCUUAAACUAUGCCCCAACAUGUAUUUCGAGUAUAAUAUUGUUUCCAUACGCGCGCUAUAGAAAAAAGAAAAACCGCAGUGCAAUGCAAAAAAAAAUUUCGCCCGAAGUGGGCGUGGCUUUGCGGUCCCUAAGUUAGUGUAUGAGAUUUUUUUUUAAUGAGUCAACUGUUUUCGAUUUUCGUGUCCAACCCCAUCAACAAAACAUAUCUAUUACCUGGAAAAUAAACUUAAAAAACGUUUUUUUUUUUUAAAUCGAAAGCCACUCUUUUCUCGGAUGGGUAUUCAUACUCUUAACUAGUUGCUUGUUUUCAUCAUUCUCUCUCUUCUUUGCAAUGACUUUUGCUCUCGAUUACUAAUGUAUGCCCUCUCGGAUAUCACUUUCGUCCCACGCUUCGGCGAAAAAACAGCGAAAAAGAAAUCAAAUCAUAUCAACAGGGUGAGAUUGACGUUUUCCGUGUGGAUUAGAAGGAUUCUCGGUAUCUCCGAGGCGGGGCUAAUCCUCAUGUUUUGCAUGGAUUUCGGCGCCGUUUUAGUUAAUCCCCAUACUUGUUUGUCAAGGAAAAGCGAGCUUCUUCAUUUUUUUUUUCUUGUUUUUCUCAUUUUUCGGCUCUUUUCUCUUUCCGAGAAUAUCCGGAGAAAUCGAUCUCCUCUGAAAGAUCCAGAUGUGGAAUGGCUCAGUGCAAGCCGGAUCGGAUCUUGCUCUAAUUUUUUUUUUUUGAUGUCCCUAGGCGGCACUCGCUUCGAGUCGGGCGCUUUUCUUCGAUUUUUCUGCGAACUUUCUGGAAAACUUGGUUUUGGAGGUUCUUUUAUAAGAGAACAUAGUUUUAUCCCUCGGAUUUUUCGAAGAAGUUUUCAAUUUUCGAAACUCCACCCCUUCGGCAACGCGACGUAGAAAUUUUGCCCUAGCACUUGUUUUGAUACGCGCGCAAGAAGCAGGUGUACUUGCAGGCAGAAAAAGUACCUUGCUGUGCCAGUCGCCGUGGUUUUUGGGCUGUUUUUGUCCGUCCGGCCGGUUCGGCCCCCUCUUCGUCCUGUUGUUUUUCAUUCCAUCGGCACUUUGCCACAGUUUCCCUCGGUCAAAGGUUGGCAUGGCACAGUUUGAAGUUCUACCUCUGAGCUUUUGAUUCAAGCUCUUUUUCCGUCGGCAAUGUCAAGUCUUUUUCGGAAGUGUAGGACUGCCUUCUGUUAACCGGCACUAUAAGUUGGAUAAUUAUUAUGCCUCCGAGAGAAGAACAUUUAGGAACCAUAGCCACUAGAGAGAAGCAUCAAAUGAAAAAAAAAACUGAGCAACUUUUUGUGAGACCUUUUUCACAAAGAGUCACUUCAGUUCUCCCUCACAGAUACUCGUGUGAUCACUCUGAACAAUAUCCUUCUAAUCGAUACUUCCGGACCUGUUGUAUAACCUCUUUUGGUUGUCAGGACAGUCAUCACCUGAGCUAUCACUUGAUGUUUCUCAAAAAUGUUGCUCCAGUGAUCUUUUCUUAAGCAGCUUCUCUCAGAAACACAAGGGGUUUCUUGGAGAUGAACCGCUCCGAUUAAUAUCCCUUCAGGGGCUGCUGCGAAUUUUAUCUACGACAUCUUGAAGGGGCCAUAUAUUAGGUAAUCGCUUAUAUUUUUACUGAACUGUUGUUAGAUACUCUCAUAAAAGUUUUUUCUUGAAGGCCUCGAAAGUUUCUCGAGCGUUUUGCAAAGCCACUAAACUUUUUGAGUGAUAAUUUCAAAGCUGGGAAAAAGACUUCCUCGAAGUGAUAACUUCAGUGACUGCUUUUAGAUUUCUUCAGAGUAAAUAGGAAAAGCUCCAGUGGCCACUUAAUAAGUAUCUCAAGGACUACUUGGAGAGGACACUAAAGUAGCCACUAAAACCACCUCUAUAAAAGCUACUACUCUGCGUCUGAGUAGCCACUAUAGUAAUUUUAAGUGGACUAGUAGGACCAUUUAGUCUUUUAGAGUAGCCUAAAAAUUCAGCCCCUUAAGUGGCUACUAACUCCACUACUACUAAAAAUUAUAUCAGAACUUCUAGUUUUCUCAGAUAAUCCUGCGGAGUCAUUUAGUAGCUUUUUACAGACCUCCUUGAUUGCCAACCAAGAAAAAUUUCCAUUUUUGAAUACAUUUCAUAUUAUAGUCAAUUCAGAACACCUUUCUAUAUAGUAUCCCUAAUACAGCAGAUCCCUCACAAAAAUAACUUUUUAUCUAAUACUAUUAUGAUUUCAAACUAUGAUAUUCUGAAAGUUGUGCAAAAAAUGUUAUGGAUAAACUGAAUGUGUUCAGAACCACAAAAUUUAGCGAGGAAUCUCCUAUUUCGGAAAUUCUCAAAAAAAAAUUGUGAUUGAAUCUCCCACGCAGUGAAUGUUGUAUUAAAAUCUAUUUGCGAACAUUUUUUUCUCGUUUUGCCUACGCGCUGUUGUUUUCAUUUUCAUUACAGUAUACCUUAUCUUUUUCCCAAUCUUUUUGUUUUGUUUUGUUUCAUGUCAACGAUUCUCGUAAUGAUGAGAUUGGAAUUUGCAGCCAAAUCUUCGCUGGUUUUUUUUUUCAAAGGCAGAAUUUUCUAAAAAAAAAGUUUAUCAUCGAAUUCGAAACUUACGAUUUAGAAGCAUUUUCCUUGAAGAUACUCCUUGGAUCAUCCGCCAGAAAUCGCUAAGAAAAUGGGUACGGUAGUUCGCGGUGUCUGCACUCCUAUGCAGAAGUGACGUAAAAUCUCACGAUAUACUUUUUUGAACAUUUUUUAGUUGUUUCUGCUUCAUUUUAUGUGUUGACAGAAAAUUAAGGGCUUCGAAAAUUUUUUAUUCGUGAAAAUGCCAUAAAUUUGACGUGUUCAUCACUCUUUCAACAUGAUAUUUUGGUAAUAAAAUAUAUAAAAAGGAAAGGAAGAUUACAGUGUUAUUUCGAUCCCAGAGAAACAGAAGGAAAGGGAAAAUUAUUUUCAUUGAUCACUUGAAGAGGUCCCUCACUCCGAAAAAAAAACGCCCCGACUUUUUGGAUUCAAUUUUUCGUAUCGUUAUUGCAUCUGUAAAGUGCUUUCGUGGCGAACUAUCGAUCGAAGAUGGAGUUCUGGCGAGGGAGAGAAUUGUGUGUUGUUUACGGGGUCGGGGGACAUGCGACCCGAUUUCUUCGGAAGCGGUCGUCCUCUCCAGCCAGGCCAGCAUUUCAAAUCGAAAAUAUUUGUCCAACCCAACGACGCACUUUUUUUUCCUUCUUCUUUUUUUCCCUUCUGCCCUCUCGUGUCUCUCGUCUCGUGAAACUUUUCUUUUUGUUUUUAACGCGCGAAAUUGAGAGAUUGCACCCCUCUUUUCCCACUUAUCGUAGUUGCGUUUUUUGAUUCUUCUGUUUCGUUUUUUUUUUUCAUCUUGUUCAACUAUUUUAUUUUUUUAAUUAAGUUAAACGUUGAGGAACCAUGUCUUGUGAGGAUUUCUCCCUUCUUCAAGCACCAAAGUGAGGCUUUUUGAACGGGCUAUAUUUUUUAAUAAGGAGAUUUCGUAGGAGUUUGAUUAUUUGAAGAAAGUUUAUUAGCGAAAGAUUGCUUGAAUGUUUUGGGUUCCGCAGCUUUUCCUUCAUAAUUCCGCAUUCUAUACUUUUUUUAGAGCUUUUUUUCACACAAACUAUAUUUUAGAAUUGAAAUAUUCAAGAUUAAUAAAUGCUUUUUCGAUGCUAAAUCGCAUUUUGCAAAAAAUUAAUUGUAUGUGAGUUUUCGAAAUUAGGGAGAAAGUUCUGUUUGGCGAUAUAUAUUUUUGAAUAAUCAAACGUAUCUUUAAAAAGUUUUAUAUAUGAAUAAUCUAGUUACGGAAAAAUAUACUAUAGAAACCAAAAAAAAAAAGGAAUCUUAGAUUGAGAAUUAAUAGGUUUUGAAAAAAAUUCGAAUGAGUGAUGUUGUGAACAAGUUUAACGUUCAACGAAAUCCAGGAAAUACUCGAAGUCAAACAUUUUUAUUUCGCAUGUUUUCCAUUUAAUCGUUAUUUUUAUUUUUUCGUGAAAACUGUCAUUUUUUUCCGAAAUCUUGAAUCCCGACAUUAUACCGAAUAUUGCAGACAAGCAUGUCGAUGACAAGUUUGUCGAUGAAGUCGCGAAAGCCCGAUGACGUCAUCAUCGAAGGAUGGCUUCACAAAAAGGGCGAACACAUCAAAAAUUGGCGGCCCAGGUUAUCAUUAUCUCGGGUUUUUUCAAUUUCGAUUAAAAGAAACGUGUUAUUUAUUCCUCAAUUAAUUAGACGCCCAUAUUUAAAUAACUAUCUUCUUAUUUUUGCGACAUAAGAGUUACCAGUAAACUUUCCCAACAUCAGGAAAUAAAUAUAAAUGGAAGAGUAUAUUUUUUUGUUUUUUUGAUCUAUCAUUGAUAAGUUAAUUGAAACUCAUGUUUUUUUUCAGCAAGUUGAUAGCUUAAAUAUUUUUUUGGAUUAUUUAUCAACAAUAUAGUCUAAAAAAAUUUAUACAUUUUCAAUAGCUCGAUUUUUCUAUCGUAUAAAUGAGGCAAAUCUUCUCAGGUUUUUUUGUAAAACGAUUUCUCACGUAUUCGAAAGCCUUUUUUGCGGAAAACUUAGAAGAUGAAAUAUAAAAAUAGAAUGAACAUUUAAAAAUUUUUUAACUCGAUAAGUACUUUUGUUUUUUUUUUGUUUCGAAAAGAGUUUCCAUUACAGCUUUCGUACGAAAAAGUUCGUUUUUUUUUUUUCACAGAAGCUCUCAAAGCAAACAAAAGCAGUUUUUCACGAAAUACUAACACAAACAAAUUAUUUUUCAAAGGCGCGUGAAAAAAUUCAAUCCGGGGUUUUAAGUGAUGCUCUGCGCUUUGAAAAACUCUAGCGAACGGAAUAUAUCUUUGAAAGGCAGUUUCCCAGCGAGAAAAUUCUCACCGCAAACGAUUUUUGGUCUUUUAAUUGUCUGAUUGCAAACAGCAAUGGAAGUUUCCCAGGUGUUUGGCUAGGCGACGUAGGAAAUUCUCCUACGCAAACCAAUAAAAAUUCCAAAUCAUGGCUCAAAUAUCAGUCAUGCGUGUUUGUCUGGAAACUGUUUUUGUCGGUUUUAAUGUAGGGAAAUUGUCGAUUCUGUGUUGCCAAAGGGACGGAAACAGGUGAUUGAAGUGUUUACAAUGGAUUGUUCUCAAAACGCAGACAAACAGCCCUGUUAUCGACUUUUGUCUUGGGGCGUCUUUCACGGCGAACUCGUAAUUUUGUAUAUAGUUUGUUCGAGGAGAAAUUAAAGUCAGGAUCUAAUAAUAAUGAGGGAAUUUCGGAAUUGCAUGCUCUUGUAACUGUUAGAUUCAUUUUUAUUGUUCAUACUGGCAAGGUUCUCAUGACUCGUGUACUUCAUUAGAACUAAAGGGAUAUUUUAAAGGCGUAGUGCGAAGAUUGGAUAAUUUUUAUUUCUGUCUAUAACGUAUGCGAAAAAAUGAAAGCCGUUUGAAUAUUCUUUCUUAGCUUCUCCUUGUUUUCUAGGGUUAUAUCAUCUGAUCAUGAGUCGGAAAUCAAGGUUUUUAGCGGAAAAAAUCUUUUAUUUUCAAUUCAAUUAAUAUUUAAGAAAUCACAAGGAAAAUAGUUUAACACAUAGAAUAUUUGAGUAAACUUUUGACAGAAGCCAAAGAUCAUUGAAAAACUCACAUGAUGCAAAAAUCUUAAAAUUAUUUUCAGGUACUUCAUCUUGUUCAACGAUGGCGCUUUACUUGGGUUUCGGGCAAGGCCUAAAACGGGCGUCCCUUAUCCCGAACCACUCAACGACUUCAUGAUAAAAGAUGCGCAGGUGGGAAUGGAUCGAAGGAAGGAAAAAACCCCUAAAAAAAGUACUGAAAUGAACUUUUUUUUUAAAAAAAUAACCGGAAAAAAAUAUAAAUCAUAAAAAGCUUUUUUUCUCUUAAGUUUUCCAGUUCAUUUUUUGUGGUCGAAAAAUUCUGAGAUUUAUUCAUAAAUUUCCCUGUCAGAUUUCACCUUCUCGAUGAGACGCUUGAUUUUCGUUUCAUUAAUCCGUGAGCUAUUUUUUUUUUUCCAAAAAUCUAGAAAUCUUCAAAUGGCGAUGCUUCCGUACUUGGGUCAAAAAUUCCAAACUUUCAAAGAAAAAUUUUUCAAAAAUUUUUUUGAUUUCUCAGAAUAAAAAAUCCCGAACGAAUCGAAUUUUCUCCAAGAAACAAAGUUUUUUUUAUUUCCAGACAAUUUGCUACGACAAACCACGCGCCAACAUGUUCAUGAUACGCUGUCUUCAGUGGACGACUGUUAUUGAAAGGACCUUUUAUGCGGAAUCUGCCGAGGUAUUUAUUCGGUCUCGAAUCGAAGAAAACUGGGAUUAUUCCAGAUGCGACACAAGUGGAUCACAGCGAUUGAUGGAAUCGCUUCUCAUUUCCGGGAGCUGAUGAAUAAGCCACAGCCGAGUGAUGAGAUCGUCGAGGCGGUUCGUUUUGAGGGAAAUUGGAAAACUCGGGGAAAAUUUGACGAGAUUUCAGUAUUUCUCGGAAUUGAAAGUAUUAUUCUGCCACUUCAGAGUAAAAAAAAUAUUCAACACUAACUUUUUUUUUCCAAACUGUCUUAAUAAGAUGUCGGUCGGUGGAAUAAAUAUCAAUUUUCAAUUUUUUUUUUUGAUGAAUGAAAAUUGAUACUUGUCAAAAGUUCUACACGAUUUUAAAAUUGCAAAGAGUAAAGAAUCAUGAAUUUUAUUAUUUUGGUACCUUUUCCGAUCAAGUCUUCUGAGAAAUUGUUCUUAUAUUCAAUUUUUUUUUUCUCCUAUGUAAUCUUUUGAAAACUUUUUUUGAAUGUUAGAGGUAGCGUAUCUCGGAGCUCCACAUCUUCAGCAUUGAUUUCGCUCUUUUCAGUAGUUAUAGUGUCCUAGAAGAAUUCCCUACACUUUGUAAAAAUUAUCUGUAAAAAGAAAAAAGCUUUGCAAAGCAAAAAAAAAGUUGGGACUGAAACAAGUUCAGAUGUCCCAAGCGCAAGUCGACGAGAACAGCGAAUACGCUGGAGCGGCUCACGCCAUCAUCGGGCAGCCGUCGAUGAACAACGGCGCCUUCCCGGGUCCUUCUGAGCUCCGAGCCUCCAUGAUCAGUAUCGCCGACACUAGCGAGGCCGCCAAACGCGACAAGAUUGUUCGUUCUUGGGAAAAACAAGAAAAAAGGCAGAAGAUUGAAUGAGAAUCGUAUGGGACGUUGGCAUAGCAGAAAAAAAAACAGUUUGAAGUAUUAGAAAUUUGUAAGAGCCUAGGCUUAUGAAUUAUGUAGUGUAACAUUAAAAAAGUACGGCGGUGAAGGACUGUAUCACUCAACACUUUUUAGGCACGGUUUAUGGAAACUUAAAAAUAAUGUUUUGAAAUGAAAAGAAAAAAACAAUAAAAAAGAAGAGGCUGUGUUUCGCACAAUUAUGUCACAAAUUUCGAAGGAUCGGGGGAUUUUUAGAUGGAUAAGUCUAGCACGACUAACGAAAUAUUGUAUGGAAAACGGAAAGCGUGUAGUACUUUUAAAAUUAUUUUCGAGGCAAGCCAGCCAGGAUAUAGUUAGCCAAUAUGUUCCGGCAAGACUGAAAAUGAAUAUAGAAAAUAACGUUUCUAAAUUUUCGAGAGGAAAAGAAUAUGAAGUUCGAACAUAGUAGUAAUGAAAUUCAAGAAUAGGUGGCUUUGAAACAUUUUUACCGUUUCAGUCGAUGGACGAUUUCGAUUUCUUAAAAGUUCUCGGCAAGGGUACUUUCGGAAAAGUCAUUUUAUGUGUGGAGAAACGAACCCAGAAGCUGUACGCCAUCAAGGUUCUCAAGAAGGACGUCAUCAUUGCCAGGGUGAGAACCAAUUUUACUUCGGAAAUUAAUUAUUCCUAAUUUUUUUUUAGGAAGAAGUCGCCCACACUUUAACAGAAAAUCGUGUUCUUCAACGUUGUCGCCAUCCUUUCCUCACGGUUUGUUUGAUUUUUCGAAAAUAUAUUUUUUUAAAAGAGGUAGAUUUUUAUCCAGUAUAAAUUUUUUUCUCAAUUAAGCCGUAAAAAAAUUUUUUUGUAGUUUUCCAGAUCAAAAAUUUAUAUGAUCGAAAAAUAAGUUUUCUUAACAUUUCUUCCCAUUCUUUACAUUGGUGUUUGUGAGAAUCCGAAGUUGAAGCAUUAUGUAAAAAAACUGAGAGAAAGAAGUAAUUUAUCAAACUCUCUGCGACGUACUAGUUGAAGAUGAUUAACGUCUCAAAAAUCGCCUAUUUUUGGUGAAUUAAUUUAGAAAAAAAAAGAUUCUCAAAGUUUAAUUUUCCUCGAGCAGUUUGAAGAAGAUCGACUUCUAGGGCAUCAGCCACACGAAAAAUCGAGAUUUUUCUAGCCAACUUUCAUAGUUAUCCGAACUAUCGAGUAGAAUGAUUCCUUUUGUUAAAUUUUCUCUCUUUUCUUUUCUUUUCUUUCUCUCUCUUCCUGUCCCACACCGGAAUGACCUGAUUUAUGUGUGUGUCGUGUGUUUACAGCAGCUGACGUACAGCUUCCAAACCAAGUAUCAUCUCUGUUUCGUGAUGGACUUUGCCAACGGCGGCGAGCUGUUCACCCACCUCCAAAAGUGCGGAACGUUCAGCGAAUCGCGUACCCGAUUCUACGCCUCGGAAAUUGUCCUCGCCUUGGGAUACCUCCACUCCCUCAACAUUGUCUAUCGCGAUAUGAAGGUGCAUUUUGCGGGGAUUUUCAUUCGAUUACGGCGUGGGGUGCGGAAAGGGCAGAAUUAAUUGAUAUGAUUGGAAUUUUUAAAAAGCAUACAGUCCCAUCAAUUUUUUAAAUUUUUAAAUUUUUGUCCGAUGAGCAACUUUUGUGGUUGUCUGGACUCGGUGUUUACAGCCAAUAAGGAGUCUUUCACAUUAGAGCAAACUUUACAAAUUUUAUGAAAUGUAUUUUUUUUCUCGAGAGGAUUAAGACCCCUUUUUGUCACUUUCUGGCGGUAAAUUUUUUCUUCUUUGGAAUCUUUCAGAAAUUUCAGUUCACGCAUAUCCUUUUUUAAAUCAACGCAACCUUGCAAGAUUUCAGUAAGAUUUCUCAUUUUGUCCAAUAUGCUACCAAGAUCGUCCGUUUUUUACAAAAAAAAAUGAUCGAAGAACAAAUGUCCUUUCCCCACUCCGUCACGUUAGCGCGCGAAUUUUCAAAGACCGAUGCUAGUUUCAAAAAAAGUCUCAAUUUUUCUCAUUGAUUCUUUUUUGCUUUUCGGAAUGUUCGAUUCUCCAGCUGAUCAUUUUUUUUUUCGCUUAGCCGUCAUACCGUGGUUGUUACUGCCAUCGUGGUCGUCUUUUCAUUUCUACUUCUAUUCUCUCUUUUUUCACUUUCUUCACUGUUGUGCUAUUGUUCUCCACAGCUUCAUUUUCAUUUCCAACCCUCUUUAUUCGGAUGAUUUCUUUCGAAAUGAUACAGAUCAGUUCAGUAGGUUGGGACUGGUUCGGCGGGUCAGAGAAAAUUCAGCAAUAACAAAAAAACUUUAUUUUUCAAAAAAAGUUGAUUUUUUUAAUGAAAAGUUGUGUAAUUAUUAAAGCUGGAUCAAUAGGAAAUUUCUAAUUUUUUUAGUCCUAACACACAUUGUCAGUUUUAGUUUUGAAAUACAGUGCUUUUUAAGUAUUUUCUUGCUCACAGGAAAAAGAAACGCCGUAAAAGUUUAAAAAAAAAAGAGAAAAACGCUUUGAAAGUAAUUUGGAGGUUUUUUCUGAUUUAUGAGACUCCAGAAAGAUUUGAAAUAAAAAAAUCGAGAAAAAAAUUAAGUUUUUUUAGAUAUGAUUCACGACUUGAAAAACCGCUGGACCCGGAAAAAAUGUAUAUAAUAUUCGCUUUGAACUGCUGAUUUUUUUGUUUGACCCUGAUUGGUUUCCAAUGAAUGGUGCAGGAGCUGAAGUACUCGUUCCAAACCAACGACCGACUCUGCUUCGUCAUGGAGUUCGCCAUCGGCGGCGACCUAUACUACCAUCUGAAUCGUGAAGUCCAGCUCAACAAGGAGGGCUUUUCGGAGUCGCGAGCCCGAUUUUACGGCGCCGAGAUCGUUCUCGCUCUGGGCUACCUCCACAUGAACAAUAUUGUCUAUCGCGACCUCAAGGUGGGCUCUACAAUCGGCAUGAUUCUUCUUCUCCUUGGUGGUUGUGACGUGCCGCUAGUGUAGUGCUGAAGGCUGGAUUGGUUCGUUGGUCAUUUGGUUCCCCUUAUAAAAGGGAUACAAAGGUUUCUGGUUGGGAAUUGAAUCUAAUUGGAUUGAUGUGUACUUUAGGACACCAUGAUCCCAAUUCAUUCUCAAAAAACAGCGCUUUUUGUCGUUUAGUAGACUUAUGGCGCCUCAAAGUUUGCCUAAACUUUGCAGUAGAGAAAAAAAAAUUUUUUUUCUCGAGUCAUAUCUCUAAUAAAAGACUGAAGUUUUCACUUAAAUUUGCAAUCAAGGUAUCUCAGAGUACGUCAAACCGAAGUUUUUUUUUUAAAUUCUCAACUGGAUACUUUUUGCAUCUGUCUCUUGUUAUUUACUGUCUAGAAUACCACACUGGAAGCUGGUCUUAUCGCACUAGUUCUAUUACUUGCAGUUUUUCAAAUUGAUUUCGAAUCUGAGCUCUAAACUUGGUCUGCGAGAUAGGCUAGUGUGAGACCAUCCAACAAGUUCUGGAUCGGCACCCGUUAGAUAGUGUCGUCGUGCCGUACUAUCGCAUUUUCCUUGGUGCGACCUCGCUUAUCUGUCGCAUUUCUUAAGAACUCAAAACAAUUGAAAAUUUCCAAAAUGCGACACCGGCAUGGAUACAAAGCAGCACUUUUUCGAGGUCUUUUAUCGCCAGCGGUCUCGCUUUCAUUCUUAGUGAGUGUCUCAAAUUUACGAUAAGCAAAACAGUGUGCAUAAAGUGGAGGGAUAUAAAACAAACCAGAAAUCUUGCAAUUUUUAUGACCCAAGUUAGCAAUUUAUGAAGGAGAUCCAUUUCUUCAGAGUUCAACUCAUAAUUUGAUAUUUUAAAAUAUGAUCUAGUUACUUAUUUGCUACAACUGGAACGUUUUUAACUUUUCUGCGUUCUUUUUUUCCUCUCAUAGGUCAUAGAACCAAGAAGAUAAAAAUCAGAACAAGCAAUUAUUUCUACUUGGAAGUUGAUUAUUUUUAAAUGGAAAAUAAUCAACGUUUAAUGUCUCUCCUCUAUUUUUUUGACGAUUGAAAUUGAUAAUUUAUACAUUCAGCUUCUUUUUUUCAACUUUUUGUAGUGUCUGUGGUUCGAUAUGUGCAUAAAUUGUUUCAUUUUCUCAUAUUCCUUUUCGGUUUCAUAUUAGUUUGGAAUUUUUGUUUUUUUUUUUUUUAUUGGAAUCUUUUGGCUCUCUUAUUGCUUCUUACCUCAACUAGCUAUCGGUCUUACGCGUUCGCAACAACAAAAAAUCACAGGAUUUUAAUAAUUUUACCCGAUUUUAGCUCGAGAAUUUGUUGCUCGACAGAGAAGGACAUAUAAAAAUUGCCGAUUUCGGUCUCUGCAAGGAGGAGAUCCGUUUCGGCGACAAGACAAGCACUUUCUGUGGAACACCAGAAUAUUUGGCUCCUGAGGUAUACAGAAGUUGAAAACCUGAACAAACUCAAUGGGAAGUUAUUUUCAAGAAUUCUUUCUCUGUUUUUCGCGUACCACGUUCUUUUUUUUGCGAAUUUCUCUUAAAAUUUGUACUUUACUCUCCACGACUUGAAACUCUCUCAUGUAGAAUAGCUCAUGUAGAAACGCGUUGCGGUCGCCCUGCGGCUCAUUUUUGAAGUUUUGCGGCCCUCCAGACUUUCAAUUUUAUAGUAUCCCUAAGCGUAAACCUUUCCAAGUACGCUGUUCAAUUUGUCAAAAAAUCAUAAAGCUGAAAUUCAAAACUUUUUCAGCUACUAAUCGAGAUAGAAUAGGUUAUGAAUCCUGUAAAAACGCAUUCAGUAGCGCUUUUCCCAGGAAAUAAGCCUUUUUUAACUAUUCAAACUCCAAAAAAUGAAAAUAAUUUUCGAGUUUCGAUCAUAAUUUCGUUGUCAAGGUACUCGAAGACAACGACUACGGACGAUGCGUCGAUUGGUGGGGCGUCGGCGUCGUUUUAUACGAGAUGAUGUGCGGCCGACUUCCAUUCUACUCGAAAGACCAUCAGAAACUCUUCGAGCUGAUUCUCGGCGGAGAACUCCGAUUCCCGAGCAAAUUGAGUCCCGAAGCGAAGAUCCUCCUCAGCGGCCUUCUCGUCAAGGAUCCUGCCAAUCGGUAGGACUCCUUUUCUUGAAACUCUCGAUAACUUCAGAAAUGAUCGUUCCCGUAAGAAAAUAUCUUACUUCAAUGAAUACGCGAUCUAGAAAAGUAUACCAUCUCGAAACUUUUUUUUUUUCAGCCUCGGUGGAGGGCCGGAUGAUGCGCUGGAAGUCUGUCGACAGGACUUUUUCCGCGAAAUCGACUGGGAACGCGUUUAUUUGAAGGAGAUGGAACCGCCGUACAAGCCGUCCGUGGAGAGCGACACGGACACCAGCUACUUCGACAAGGUUGGCAAAAGAAAGAACGAGAAAAGAGUAGUCCGUUUUCCGCGACGUGACUCGAAAUUCAAUUCAAAAAAGACAGAAUUUCAUAUAAAAACUAGAAUUUGUAGAAGUAAACAUUUUUUCCCAAAAUUUUUUUAAUUUGAAAUGGCGCUGGAUGGAAAAUUUCCAUAAAGCUUUCAAGUAAGCUUUAAGCUGUUAAUUUUUUCAAAAAAUUUCAAUAAAUGACGUUUUGAGAUUCACUUCGGAAGCGUGAAAAACGUGAAAUGAAAAAAAGCGGUGAUCAAGUCUUCUAGAAGCGGUUUAUGACUUGUUCAACAGAAAAAUGAGGAAAUGAAUUUGAACAUUGUGUUAUAAUUCUCUUCGAGGCGGAGAUAUUUUCCCAGUAGAUUCAAAAAUGAAACAUCCUUUCCAGGAGUUCACCUCGCAGCCGGUGCAGCUAACGCCGCCGGAAACGCGUUCCGGAAGCUUGGCGACCGUUGAUGAGAACGACGAAAUGCAGGGCAACUUCACGCAAUUCUCGUUCCACAACAACUUCGACAACAGUUUACUCAAAAACAGCUCCGAAACGCUGGAAACAACGGCGUGA